GCGAUAUCACCCACAAAUAAUCAGCAGCCCCUCAAAGAUCAACCGACAACAACGUGUGCACAAGAUGGCGGUGAUGAGGACAGCUUUGUUGGCGGCGCUGGUAGCGGUGGUGGUGGGUGCCGUGCUGCCACAUGCAGAAGCUGCAAAGGGAAAGCGGUACUCUGUGCAAGGCAGGAUUCACAUUCCACCAGAGGCAACCAAGGAGUACAUUGCACAAACCCGCGUGGUGCUCGAUGGCGGCGUUGUUCAGGGAUUGGUGAAGGAGGAUGGCAGCUUCGUCAUCAACGAUGUGCCAAGUGCUUCCUACACGCUGGAGGUGUUCAACCCAAAGUAUCACUACAUGCCGAUUCGGGUGGACGUGGAUCGACAGUUUUCCAACAACGUGCGCGCGUUUCAAGCAGAUUUCCUUGGCAUGGAUCGGGUUGUGCCUGUGCCGUACGUGGCGGGUCAUGGGUUGGAGGUGCCGUACAUUGCGCAGCACAAGUACUUUGAGGAGCGCAAGGCGUGGAGCAUCAAGGACAUCCUCUACAACCCAUCCCUCCUGAUUGUGUUUGUAAUGCUGGGGCUCAUGUACCUCAUGCCAUCCAAGGAGCAGCUCGAGGAGAUGAAGAAGGAGCUUGAAGAGCAGAAGCAGGAAUGAGUGUGACCACCACACGCUGUCUGCUCCACCACCCGUCCAUCAGCGUGGCGUGCUUUUUUUUUCCUUGUGCCGUCUCAGAAUAAAAAAUGUGUAGUGG